GUAAUUAAUAAUUUAUUGUUAUUAUUAUCAUGUAAAAAGUGGAGGAGCAGAGGUGAUAGCCAGCAGAAGAAAGAAGCAAAAAGUAAAGACUAAAGACUCCAUCCAUAGAACAAAACCAAAUAAUAGCAAAAAAAUCAAUAAACAAAAAAUCAAUAAAGAAAAAUGUUUGGAAUGGCAGGAACAGCCACAGCCACAACAUGCGCAGGUACAUCAGCCGCAAGAUGGCAACAACCACUCCUUCCACCACCAUUCCGCCGCCGUCAAUCUGUAAUAGUUUCUUUCAAAAACAACAACAACAAACCAAACGAUAUGGAUAGGGUUUUAAAAGAAGCGUGGCAAAAUGCUAACGAUAAUUUUGAGCGUUUUCUUUUCGAAGCUAAAAAAACCGCUCAACGCAUCGACCGUCAAUAUUCCGUUUCAAAGCGUUUAUCUUCUGCUGCUUCUGCUGCUGCUGAUAGAGCUCGUGAAAUUGAUCGUGAUUUUCAAAUUGGAAUUAAAUAUCGUAAUUUUACUUCCGAUUUUGCCCUUAACUGGCCUAAGUAUAGGGUGCAGAUUAGUAAAUUUUUGGAUAGUCCUGUUGGAAAAAGCUUCACGACAAUUUUCUUCAUCUGGUUUGCAUUCUCUGGUUGGCUUUUCCGGUUCCUGAUAAUUGCAACAUGGGUGCUUCCAUUUGCUGGACCUCUUCUAAUUGGGACAUUGGCCAACAACUUAGUUAUUAAGGGCGCUUGUCCAAAUUGCAAGACGCAGUUUCAAGGUUACAAGAAUCAAGUAGUUCGAUGUACAAGCUGUGGCAACAUUGUGUGGCAACCUAAAGAUAAAGGGGAUUUCUUCACAAGAGGUGGUAGAAAUAAGUCAGCAUCUAAGUCAGAUCCUAACAUCAUUGAUGUCGAUUUUGAGGAGAAAUGAUGACAUUAUCAAAUCGGAUGAAUAGACAAUGCUCAUUCAUUUACUGACUCCGAUUUUUUCCGUAAUUGAUGUUUGUUCUUACAAUUGUGCUGUAUGGAGCACAUAUAGUUCGGUUGUAGUUGUAAAUCUUUAUAAUAUGAUGAUAGCAUAGAUGGGAAAGAACACAUCAGGACACAGAAGAAAUAAAAGUAUCUGUUCAAAAUGCAUACAGUUUUUGGAGCCAUAUAGGCAGGAUUCAUAAGUUUUGCAUCUGGAUUGUAUUUAGGCCAUGUUUGGAUAAACAACUUAUUUGUAGCUUAUAGCACAAGCACUUAGCAUGAUAAGCGCUUAUGUAUAAGUUUCUACAAGCUAUUUCUAUAGGAAAAGAUGAAAUUCAAUUUAAUUAUUUUUGUAU